CAGUGAGGCCUAUUGUUCCUCAGCUGAUCCUUUCACCCAACAGGCUCUCUGUAAGAAUGGCACAGCCAUAGCAACCGCCAUCAACUAACAACUACACAACUACAGUGCUUCUCUAUCAGACCACUCCAUCUCGAGGAUGUAAGAAAAUCACAGCUGCUGUUGAUUCUGCUAAAAAUAAUGUUCAUCACACUGGAUUUUUAAAAAAAGACUGAAAAAAAGAAGAUUCACACUGAAGAUUUAAUCACAGCCAAGUCAGUAAUGGCCACACAAAAACAGCAACGGACAAAACAGCUCAGACCACCGUCUCGCAUCGGCCGGGAUCUCCGAGCUGCUUUACUACAUCUCAAAAAUGGACAAAGGACUAAACACCCGCAGGCCUUUCCACAGCGAGGGGAACUCCCAUCUGCCGCAGGCCUGUUGCUUUAUCCAGAUAAGAAAGAGAAGAUGGUGACAACAACAGAGAUAGCGUUUGGGCCGAAAACCUGCACCAAGACUGAGCCAAUAAAAAUUCUACAGUGCAAUCUAGUCCUGGAAGGGGACAGAACCUUUGUCACGACCCACAGAGAGGCUUUUCAAGCUCAGCCUCAAGAUGAUGGGGCUCCUCUGAUGGUGAAGACAGCCUCCGGAAGAGCGGAGAGGACGCCAACGCCGCACUUUCAAACCAACUACCAGAAGAACUUUCCUCAGCCACGGGGCAUUUACAAGAGGAGACUGCAAGUCCUGCCCUGCCCAGAUAACCUCGCCGUCAAUCCUGCACUGAGAGCUGAGUUCAGGACAGUCCAAAUGGAGACGUAUCCAGAGUGGAGCAUCUCUCUAGAUUCUUUGCCUGUUGCUGCUCAACUUAAAGAGCAACUGACCCUUAAAAACAAGACGGCUAGGCCUAGUGCUGCCACCACCAGAAAGACCUCCAGCUUCAUCGCUCCAGUCAGUGUCUGAUGAUCCCUGGAGAUGUUCAUGAAGCACCUCAGCAGAGGCAGAAGAUACAGAAGAGAUGACACAGAAUGAAGAGAAACCAUUGAAGCUCUGCAGUGAACCACCACCCAGCAGCAGCGCCGCAGUUAAACAACAAUUAAAGCAUGUGAAGGAGCGUUAGCGUCCAACAAACAAAUUACUUUUAUAAAAUUCAGUCAACACAACAUGUUAAGAAAACAUAAUAUUUAAUAAAUCUUACGGUAAACCUGAUGCUCAUAUACAACCGCUAAAUUUAACACUCACAAAACCUAUUUUCCCUGCUAUGUGUUUGAUCUUGGUUGAGGAUAACAAAGGACGUUUCAAUCAGACAGUCUAUUCGGAAACAUCAGGAGCAGUGCCGGUGAGAAGGAAUGAUACAGUACACAGGGAUGGCUGUUCUUGGGCUCUGAAACGUGUCUACAUGUCCUCCACACUCCACUUGUAAGCUUCCUCUUGGACAGCUUUCUUAUCUGCAAUCCUGCUGUAGCGCUUCUGUUCGAACCCAUUGGACCUACAAUAAAAGAAGAUAUUUUAGUGAGAA